CAGGAAUCUCAAUCAAGUGACUGUCAACAAUAUGUCCAAGAAAUUACCGCCAACAAACAAUUUUGCAAAAGAGUCAAAUCGCAAAGUAAAGCGGCCGACGUAUAAUGAAAUGAUAAAAGAAGCAAUUUUGUUUUUAAAUGAACGUAAAGGAUCAUCUCGCCAGGCUAUCAGCAAAUAUAUUGAAGUGACGUAUAAUUUAUCAUCAGACGAUAAAAAUGUACAAACUCGUCUAAAGAUGAACUUAGUUCGAGGUGUUAACGAAGGUUAUUUCCAACAAAUAAGCGGCAAGGGCGCUAAUGGUUCGUUCAAAGUUAUUAAAGAGGAGCAAAAGAGUAAAGCGAAAACUAAACCCAACAAAGAAGUAACUUCUAAGGAAAGUAAACCGAAAAAUGUUACAACAAAGAAACUCAAAAAGUCUCCUGAGAAACCCGAAAUGUCUCCCACGAAAUCUGAGGAAAAACCCUUACCGAAACUCAAAAUAAAGUCCGUGUCGCUAAAGAAAUCGAAUAGCGACGCUUCCACCCCGACGAGUACUAAAAAACUGGCAAGGUUGAAAGGUAAGCUUUUUAAUAGUGGGAAGGCGAUAAAACCAACGUUGUUACUGUUAACUCCUCACAAAAAACGAAGGAAGCGUUUAACUAAAGUCUUAACUCCCAAGAGAGUGGUCAUUAAUGCAAAAUCGAAAAAGUAUAUUGGAAAUAUUUAAGUUUGCAAAGCACCCCCGCACCAACAGACACAUAAAGACAAAAACUCAUUUGAAAGAUUUUCUCUGAAUAUGACCGUUUCCCAGGAUAUAUAUUUAUAUAUGUGAGAUAUAUUUUGCGCUUUACUUGUAUUAAAAUCAAAUUUCAUGAAAUAAUGUUUAUCUUAACAUUUGAAAGAAUAGUUAUUUCGAAACUUUGUUGCAGUGUUCAUUUUUAAACUAUUCCAAUACACGUGUUGUACAGAUAUUACUUUCUCAAUGUAGAUUGGUUUUUGGAAAACCAUUUCAGCAUGCUCGAACUCAUUAGUUCAGGAACCGAUUUUAAACGUAAAAACUAAACCGAUUUCUUAAAAGAAAAAAAAAACUGAAAAAACCGAACCCAUUCUUACAGGAAAUUAAAGUAUAAAGCACAUUUGCUUUUAAUCAUUUUGGAGAGUCUCGUUUCACGUUAUUGGUUGCCCCAUUAAACAAGCUCAGUAUUUAGCUGAAGCACCGAUUAAAUUUUCAAAAACCUUGAAUUUCAUAUCCUCAUAUUCAUGACUGUUAUUUGCAUAACUAUGAAAAAUAAACAAAUUUUGAUAAUCGGAAG